AUGCAGUCGCAGGACCUGAGCUCAUGUCUUGCUGCCCUGCAAGGAGCGCAGACUCCCAGCCAAGACAGCAUCCUCAGCCUCGCCCGCGCCUGCGUCCCACCUCUCGGCGAGAAGACGAGCAAGGGAGAGGCUGGAAGAGUCGGAGUGAUCGGAGGAAGCUUCGAGUACACGGGUGCUCCCUACUUCGCUGCGUACACGGCUCUACGUGCAGGCUCGGACAUCGUCCACAUCUUCUGCGAGACUCGAGCUGGGGGUCCCAUCAAGAGCUACUCCCCCGAGCUCAUCGUCCAUCCGCUUCUCCUCGUCUCCGACGACCCGACUGAGGAGCGAGGAGCAGCAGCGUACCAGCAGCUGAGCGAGUGGGUCGCGCGACUUGACGGCAUCCUACUGGGCCCUGGGCUAGGACGCGACGAGCUCGUCCUGCAGACCUGCAGCAGGCUGCUCCUGCUCGUUGCUGAGCUGGGGAAGCCCAUGAUCUUGGACGCCGAUGGCCUGUACAUCCUGACGCAGGCGAUCCGGGAGGGAGAGAGGGGAAGCAGCCUGCAGAAGCAGCUGCUGGGAGCGAUGAGGACAGCGCAUGUGACACUGACGCCCAACAAGGUAGAGUUCGAGAGACUGUGCCGGGCGCUCAAGGUCGGGGAGGAGGAGGAGGACAAGCUGGGGAAGGCAGCGGAGCUCGCGUGCUCGGUUGCCGGGAGGAUCGGAGAGAACGUGGUGUUGGUGGUGAAGGGCAGCAGCGACGUGAUCUGCUCCGACUCCUCCACGUGGCUGUGCGACGACAAGGGCAGUCUGAGGCGAGCUGGGGGCCAAGGCGAUGUGCUGGCUGGGCUCAUGCUGACGUUCGCGGUGUGGGGCAACUCCUCCUCCUCCUCAUCUUCUUCCUCUCUUCCUCCUCCUCUCGUUGCGCUCAUGGAGCGGCAGGUGGCGAAGCUCAGCGCCUUGAAGGCCUUCGAGAAGAAGAAGAGAGCGAUGACGGCGAGCGACGUGAUGGAGGAGGUGAGAGCUGAGUGA